AUCCAUUAAACUGCCAAUAUUUUACAAACUGGGCCUAAAAUGAGCAUCAGCCCAAUAAAAGCCCAAUUCUCUGUGCUAUCUUUGAGCACCGAAGCAAUGGUGUCUUGAAACGAAACCUGAAAGAGUGAACAAUGGCAGAAGCAGAACCCAGCAAUGGCUACUGCAGCAGCAGCGGCGAAGAAGACGGUAACGCAGCAUGGAGAGCAGCCAUCGAUUCCGUCGCAGGAACUUCUUCCUAUGUUUCUUCCUUCAUGGAUGGAUUUUCCGCCGUCAAAAACAGUGACCCCAAGAAGCUCAAUGAGAACAAUCAAAGCCGAAACCCUAAAAUCCAAAAGAUUAAGCACUACCAAAUAAAGGCACAAAAGGUUCUGAAUGACAUAUUGGAAAAUGCAAUAGAGAUAGUGAAAGAACCCAUCCCUGUCCUAGAUGAGGAUUCUAAUAUCAAUGAUUGCGGUAUUCGCUUGUUUAAACAUUCUCAACCAGGAAUAAUCUGUGAUCAUGUAGAUGAACCCCAACCUCCAAGGAAACGACCUAAAAUACUUCCUGGAGAAGAUAUUGAUGAGAAAUCAAAGAAGUUUAGAAGACGGAUUCGAUCUAUUGCUGUUGAUGGAAAAGAUUUAAUUGCCGCAGCAAAUGAUGCAUACAAGAAGUCAUUGGGUAGACUAGAAGCUAAAGAAGCAGCAGCAAAAGCUGCAGCCAAGAGAGAGGAGGAAAGAGUUGAGAAAUUGAAAAAGAUUAGGGGAGAGAGGUGGCUACCGUCCAUGGCCAAGGAGAUGCAGGUCAAAAUCAAACACAAACAUUCAGGAUUAUCAUAGUCUUAACUUCAAUGCUAGUUUAUGUGUAUCUUGAUGAUCAAACUUGUUGAUUUGUUAGUGGAACUUGUUCUACCCCAAAACAAUAUUGUUAUAAAUUAUUAUUUAGUUUGUAAUAAUAAUUUUUUAUUUUUAUAA